AUGUUUCUCCAUUUGAUUAAUUACAUUCAUGCUGUGCUUAACCUUUUUGCCGCUAAUGUUCUAAGAACUACAGUUUGGCCAAUAUUGUUAACAUUCUGGUUUCGUAAAUUAUUUUUAUCAUUAGAGAAAAGAAAUGAAACAUGCCCAGUUCUCCUCCCUGCUGCCCUUGCUGUUCCCUGUCCAAAAGGCUGGAUUGGGUAUCAGAGGAAAUGCUACUACUUUUCAGAGACUGAAGGAAAUUGGAUCUUUGGUAGCAGGCACUGUUCCUCCCACAAUGCCUCCUUGGUUGUGAUUGACUCCCAAGAAGAAAUGGUAGGUGAGUUCCUUUUACGCUACAAGAGCCCUCCUGAUCACUGGAUUGGUCUCCGGAAAGAUUCUGGUCAACUCUGGAGUUGGGUAAAUGUCAGCCUUUUCCCAGAACAAAUUUUGUUACUUCUCAGGCUCUUGGGACUUCCCACUGAAGAAGGAAGGAGAUGUGCAUAUUUGAACCAUAAAGGUAUUGCCAGCUCCAGUUGCACAAGAGAAGAACCCUGGAUUUGUAGCAGGGAGAUAACUUGAGACAUUGCCUGAACUUCUGAAGCCGUUAUUUCUGCUGUGCACAUACACUGAGGCACUCCAAAAGGUACUGAACUUCUGCUUUGUGUGAAGCCUCCUG